CGGUCAGGUUUACAGGUGGCGGAUGUAUUCAACCGCUGUCCUGGACAAGGCAACAUCAGAACGACCGUCUCUACUAAAAUCGACCACUGACAUGGCGUGAUGUCGGGAUGGGGCAGAACCCGCCGCUGUCUAUUCCUUUUCUUCUUCUUGGUUCUCAUGGCAACGCUCUUGGCAACGUUCUUGGACCGACGAGUGUUGGUGGGGCCGGGCCUGGAUGAUGACACCGCCGGGGAGGAGGCAGGGAAGCGGCGGGAGGCGCUCCGAUUUCCGGCGGGGAAGGCAGGCGCGCCGUCCCGCCAACAUGCGGGCCAGGACACGCGGGAGAUCGCACGAGGGAGAGCUGGCGCCACUGACAGAAAGGUGACGUCACAACUGCGGACCUUGAAGCAUGGCUGUCGCGAUGGCAACGCCGCGCGGGACGUGUCCGACCUGUCGUCAAGGCAACGGUGGUCGGCAUUACAUCAUAUCAUCGUGAAUGACGAGUACAGGUUCCUCUACUGCUACGUACCCAAGGUGGCGUGCACAACCUGGAAACGAGUCAUCAGUGUACUGGAGGGCCGUUUCUCCAACCCUGAGCACAUCCCUAUGGACAUGUACAAGUUCCACAUGCAGAACUGGACGUACCUCAGUCACUACCCAGCCGCUAGUGUCGCCUACAGGUUACAGCACUACUACAAGUUCAUGUUCGUACGGGACCCGCUGGCCCGCCUGGUCUCCGCCUUCAGGGACAAGUUCGAGCGGCGCAUGGAGGCCUUCAGCCUGAAGGAAGCCUGGAACAUCUUAGAGAAGUACCGCCAGGGGCCCCUCUCCCUGCCCGAUGUGUCUCACCCUAACAUUACCUUCCAGGAAUUUGUGCAAUACGUGGUGGACACGCCUCCCCGCUCCAUGAACCAACACUGGAGACCUUACCUAGACGUCUGUCAGCCUUGUGCAAUACACUACGACUUCGUCGGGCACUUGGACACGCUGGAAGAUGACGCCAAGACGAUCUUGUCUGCCGUUGGUGCAGACGAUAAAGUGGCGUUUCCCGCGCGUUCGUCGUUCUACUCGCACACAUCGUCUGAAGAAACUGUCAAUCAUUAUUUGUCUCAAAUUUCACCGGACCUGUUCCAGAAACUGGUGUCAAAGUACGAGAGAGAUUACAACAUAUUUGGGUACAAAGUGCCGGUCAGAUGACAACUGUGUUACUUUUCGUUCUGUCGUUUACUAGCGAUGCAGGAUAGUUGUGAAAUACGGAGCAACUAAACGGAGACAAUUAUUUACAUAACCACUACUUCGAUGUUGUACAUCGGGAAUACGUUUUUAAAAAUCAGUUUCGAUGUUCAAAUCAAAAGAAAGAUUUUAGAUGAGAUCUUUCUGUCCAGCACGUAAACAGUAGUAUGAUAGCAAACAAGAUGAUUAUGACCUGUAAAUAAUAUGUGAAAGUUUAGUUCAUCGUUAAUAUAGGUAAUAUGAAUGAAAAUUAUUAUAAUAAUAACCACUUGAGUAUCUGUAUUGUGGAAUUGUAAUUAUUGAUGAAAUGUUGUAUUCCAGUUGAACUAUUUGUCACAGAAUGGACCUGUUGAUUGCGCACUUGUUGAAUAUAGAACCUCGACAUGCCUUGUUUUUCCUAUCAAUAUGCGUUUUUCAUA